AUGGCGGGCGAGCAAACCAAGCCAACGGAUUCGGCCGCUGGCCCCGCUUGCUGUUGUUCGUUGGCGACGAUGCUCGCAGGUCGCCAGCUCCAGACGCUCGGCGAACGCGUGUGCAGCGGAGAACCGCUCGGCCCAUCCACGACGUACACGUCAAUCGAGAGCGGAAGAGGAGAGAUCCCGCAAGCGCAUCGAAUCGACCGAGAGCGGAACAGGCGCGGGGGAACCGACGAUGGAGUCCACGGCGACGGCGCCCGCCACCUGCGAGAUCGCGCGCCUGCCGGACGACCUCCUGUCGGCGUCGCUGGCCCGGACGGGCCGCUGGACGCCUGCCGCGCCGCCUUGGUCUCGCCGGCCUUCCGCGCCGCGGCCGACGCCGACGCCGUCUGGUCCAGCCUCCUGCCGCGCGACCUGCCCCAGCUCGCCGACGGGGAGCUCCCCGCCGACCCGCAGCCCACCAAGAAGCAGCUCUUCACGCGCCUCUCCGACUCCGCCAGACCCGUCCUCCUCGCCGACGGCCUCACGAGCAUGUGGCUGGACAGGGCCACCGCCGCCAAGUGCUACAUGCUGUCCGCCAGGAAGCUGGGCAUCAUAUGGGGCGACACGCCACAGUACUGGCGCUGGAUCCCUCUCACCGACUCCAGGUUCCCCGAAGGUGCAGAGCUCCUGGACGUUUGCUGGUUGGAAAUCCGUGGCAAGAUACAUUGCAACAUGCUCUCCCAGAACACCACUUAUGCCGCCUACAUGGUGUUCAAGAUGUCCGAUGAAUCCUAUGGGCUAGACUAUCCACUCCAGUUGGCUGAAGUUAGCAUUGGGGCAACCAAAUCCACUCGUCAGGUUUGCCUAGGAUAUGACAACGAGGGCGAGGACGGGGAAGAGGUGCCUCAGAAUUACCGAUCAUUCAGACCAAUUGGAUUAUUCAGACCAAGGGUAGGGAGAAGAAACCGUCGCGUGCCUCCUGGAGUGCAAGUACAGCACCCUCAGACAAGAGCUGACGGCUGGAAGGAGAUGGAGAUGGGUGAGUUCAAGAAUGAAGAAGGUGAAGAUGGCGAGGUGUCCAUCAGUCUCAUGGAGACCAGAGGCGGCAACUGGAAAAAAGGUCUUAUUGUGCAGGGCAUUGAGAUCAGGGUGAAGAAAUAA